GUGUCGUGAAAAUACACAGGGAAGUUGUUGCUUCUCAGGUGGUCAACCGGAGAGCCAGAAGGGCUGAGGAGUCGAGGGGUGUUUUCUCACCAUGAGGCAGAAGAAGAAAGGGGACCUCAGCCGGGCCGAGCUGAUGAUGAUGACCAUUGCCGAUGUCAUCAAGCAGCUGAUUGAGGCUCACGAACAAGGCAAAGAUGUCAACUUAAACAAGAUCAAAACCAAGACGGCUGCUAAAUACGGGCUUUCUGCCCAGCCUCGCCUGGUGGACAUCAUUGCCGCUGUGCCACCACAGUACCGCCGUGUGCUGGUUCCCAAACUGAAGGCCAAGCCCAUCCGCACAGCAAGCGGGAUUGCUGUUGUGGCUGUCAUGUGUAAACCACAUAGGUGUCCACACAUCAACUUUACAGGAAACAUAUGUGUAUACUGUCCUGGAGGUCCUGAUUCUGACUUUGAAUAUUCAACUCAAUCUUAUACUGGAUAUGAGCCGACGUCAAUGAGGGCCAUUCGAGCCAGAUAUGACCCCUACCUCCAGACCAGACACCGUGUCGAACAGCUGAAACAGCUGGGCCACAGUGUGGACAAAGUGGAGUUCAUUGUGAUGGGUGGGACGUUCAUGGCCCUUCCGGAAGAGUACAGGGAUUACUUUAUCCGUAAUUUGCACGAUGCGCUCUCCGGUCACACUUCGAACAGCGUGGCAGAGGCAGUCCGGUACUCCGAGCGAAGCCUUACAAAAUGCAUUGGGAUUACGAUAGAGACCAGGCCAGAUUAUUGCUUGAAGCGCCACCUGAGUGACAUGUUGUCGUACGGAUGCACACGGCUGGAGAUUGGGGUGCAGAGCGUCUACGAGGAUGUGGCCAGAGAUACUAACAGGGGCCACACGGUGAAGGCCGUGUGCGAAUCCUUCCAGUUAGCCAAAGAUGCCGGGUUCAAAGUGGUGGCCCACAUGAUGCCGGAUCUGCCCAACAUGGGACUGGAAAGGGACAUCGACCAGUUUGUGGAAUUUUUCGAGAACCCCGCCUUCCGCCCGGACGGCAUGAAGCUCUACCCGACUCUCGUCAUCCGUGGCACGGGGCUGUACGAACUCUGGAAAACGGGGCGUUACAAGAGCUACCCGCCAAGCACGCUGGUGGACCUGGUGGCAAGGAUCCUGGCCCUCGUGCCGCCGUGGACACGCGUGUACCGCGUGCAAAGGGAUAUCCCCAUGCCGCUGGUCAGUUCCGGAGUGGAGCACGGGAAUUUGAGAGAACUAGCGUUGGCCAGGAUGAAAGACCUGGGGACGGAGUGCCGUGAUGUGAGGACAAGAGAAGUCGGAAUACAAGAAAUUCAUCACAAAGUGAGACCUUAUCAGGUGGAACUCAUCCGGAGAGAUUACGUAGCCAACGGCGGCUGGGAGACCUUCCUGUCCUACGAGGACCCCGAGCAAGACAUCCUGAUCGGCCUCCUGCGCCUGCGGAAGUGCUCGGAGGAGACCUUCCGAGCGGAGCUGAAAGCGGGCGUCUCCAUCGUCCGGGAGCUCCACGUCUACGGCAGCGUGGUCCCCGUCAGCAGCCGGGACCCUUCCAAAUUCCAGCAUCAGGGAUUUGGGAUGCUGCUGAUGGAGGAGGCAGAAAGAAUCGCCAAAGAAGAGCACGGGUCGUGGAAGAUUGCCGUUAUUUCAGGUGUGGGCACCAGGGAUUACUACCGGAAGAUAGGCUAUGAGCUGGAAGGACCAUACAUGGUGAAGCGAUUGGACUGACAUGGGACUCUGGAGCAGAGAUGGAGAAGAUACCAACACUGUGGACCCACAAAAGCUUUUGUUUUGAAUGUGGAAGAGUGGAAAGGUGUAGGUCAAUCCAAAUUGGUCAACACCAAGGGAUUUUCUUUCCAGCAGAUGAGUCCCAGCAUCGUCCUUGGAUCUCCUUUGACUUCCCUGCCCUUUGGAAACCAACGAGAGCCCCAAAAGUAUGCCCCUACUGUGUCAGGGCUACAAUUCCCCAUCAUCCCCAGCCAGUGGUCAGGGUUGGAUUGGAUACUCUAUUCCCCCCCCCCCCCGAUGUG